ACGGUUAGACAUUCUGCAACAAGACUUUUCGCUAGCAGUGUGUCCCGCGAGCAGCAUAUAUGAGCUACAGUGGCUAUCCCUGGUCUUCCCAAACGAAAAAGGGGACGUCACCGCCUCCAAAAAAUGUGAUAUGGAGCUACACUGGCUUCAGUGGGAAUUCGUACCCAUAUGACGCGAGCAUGCAAGAGAAGUUGGAGGCAGCAUACAAAUCCAAGCAAAAAAAGAUGUCAUUUGACGUAAAAAAUGAAACAUACAUGAUCGAUUUUAAGCAAAUGCUGCAGAUAAAUCAAAGGGACACUUCAAAAGUUAGAAGAGUGACUCGCGAAAAGGUUAAGAAAACAACACCUCGGCAGCCGACGAAUAAGCAAACUGCUCCUCUAGUAUCUAAGUCAACUAGUUUGCUUGUACCACCGACCCAGAAAGUAGAAGCAAAGCCAGCGAACAAAUCACCGUCACCUUCAACGACGACGACAAUGAAGCCACCGAUAGUUCCACUUACAUCGGACCAAAAAACGCCGCAGCCAAAGUGGCAAUGGCUAGAUAAUAAAGGAGAUUGGCAGAAAUUCGAGGAUAACCUGCAAGUGCUGCUUGAAAGCAGAUUUCAAGACAAUAUCGAUGAAACAUACACUUUCUCUCGCGAUGGGAAUUUGUACGACAUUAACUUCACAAAUAAGACCCAAACAUCGCGUUUGCCGUAUCCGGAAACAAGAGACAUCAAGAGGAUCGAACCUAAAAAUGACACCUUUAUUAAUAGCGCUGUUGCCCUAUAUGACUCUGCUAAAAGCAAAAUCAAGAGCGUGUUCACCUCUUCCAGUUCUCCCUCAAUUGAAGAAGCCAGGCCCGCCACGCCACCUGGAAACACGGUUGAUUUGCCGGAUGAUGCGCCGCACGUCUGGUAUUAUAUUGAUGAUGACGGAGCGAAAAUAGAGUAUGCAGAGUACAACCAAAAGAAGCUGGAAUCUUAUAGAUCAUCUGGAUAUUUAUUUGCUGCCAUUUUCAUCGGUUCUGAUUGUUUAUCAGUCGACAUGAAAGAAAUGAAGCAAACGAAGUAUGGUGACCAAACAUAUUCUCCAAAAUUAGUUAUUCGAGAGCCAAAAAAGUUGACUGAUAGAGAUCUACAUUCAACGAAAACUCUUGUUGGCGAGACGCCCCAACCCUCUUACGUUUGGUAUUAUGAGGACGCUUACAGAGCUAAAACAAAGUACGACAAAAAUCAUCAAAAGCAACUGGAAAGCUGUUACAUCGAAGGGAAAGAGAAAACUGUAAUCCAAAUUAACUUUGAUAGCUACACAGUCAAUUUUAAAGAAAUGAAACAAACUUUAAUAUGGGACAAAACAGAGGCGAAAGUUUUUCGUGAACCUGCUGCUUUCAAGUUGGACUCCUUCUCCCCGUGAUCUUAAUUCGUCAAAUCAGAACUAAAAAGAAAAAUCCUUUGCGAAAACUUCUCCUAAAACGAAAUGGUCCUACAAAGAAAGUACAGAACUUUUAUUAGUUUUCUCAAACCAUUAUUUACUACCAUGAUGGGUUUAUUACGCACCAUGCAUGGAUCCUGGAAAAAUUGACCCAAUUGAGGGUAUGGACUAUGAGGCAGAUUUCGAUUAGUGUACAUGUUAACCGCAUUUUCAUCAGAAAUAAUUGUUCCCCUGUGUUUAUAAUGUGCACGUUUGUAUGCAAUAUGGUUCUUUAACACACUUUUGCUGCCUAGAAUUUAGAAAUUUCUUAUAUUAAACACAUUGUUGAUUAAAAAAAUUGUUCUUGCUACUUUUUAUUUAGGUUUUAAGACGGUAUUAUAGAUAAAAUGCAAAUGCUGACUUUGAUAUUUUCUGCUUAAUUGUAUCACUUAUAAAUGACUGUUUUGAAUUUUCUGUAUGACAAAUAAAGAAACGUA